AUGGCACCAGCACUAGUUAGCAAUGCAACUGACCUGGUUCAAUAUCGCAUUGAAGACAGCCAACCCGUGGAUACCAAUGCACCCAAAGGCUUCAUUGAGCGGUAUAUCCAUGGCGAGAUGUACAAACAUUACCCAGAGGUGAACUCAGUCAUACACUCCCAUAGUCCCGAAGUACUCCCAUAUGCAGUCGCUGGAGUUCCUUUACGCGCAGUCUAUCAUAUGGCGGGCUUUCUUGGAACUGAGCCUGUGCCCCUCUAUGACUUCCAAGACUCGUACAACCAAACCGAAUCGCAAGAUCUCUUGAUUCGGUCGCCAAAGCUUGGAGCAGAUCUAGCCACGACAUUCCUCAAGAUGGAGAACAGCACGGCGGAUCCACCUAUCACGAAGCCAGACUACAACGUUGUACUAAUGCGCAAGCACGGUUUCACCACUUUCGGCUCCGACAUCCAGGAAGCAGUGGUCAGAGCAGUAUACACGCAGGCCAAUGCGAAGACUCAGACUUCAGCAGCCAUGAUUAGAGGAGCGUUUGAAGCUCUAACGGAGCGCCAGGCACAGGCAUGGGUUGGAGGGACCAACGCGACCGCCUUUGAGCCUUUGACCACUCAAGAAGCAAUUGAUACCGAGCCUGCGAUUCGAGCAACUUCGGACAGGCCGUGGAAUCUGUGGGUACGCGAGGUUGAAGUGCAGCCUUUGUACAGGAACAAUGGGUAG